CUCCAAGCUGGGGUACAUGAACUCGAGUAGGUGUCUGCGCAAAAAGCUUACAAAGCUCAUGACAAGGACGGCGGUGAACCAUGGGUACUGAAUAUCAUCCUCAUGCACGGAACAGCAGAGGUCAAGAUUUGGUCCAAACAUACUUGCUGCACUUGUCAUCUUGAACCUGCUCUACUCAUCCCUCACUUGAUGUCUCUUCAAGCCUCGUAUAUCGCUUGCGUGGCCCUCUUUCCCAAUGACAAACUCAAGAAUCUACAGAAACCCACGAUUGCGACACUUUUGCAAAACCCACGUUUGCCAGAUACAAUAAAAAAGUAUAUACCCGUACCUUGCUUGUUGAAACGACAAAGAUCUACCUUCUCCUUUUUGAGAAGAUCAGCUCGAGUUGUGGCUGAGAAAAUGGACCAGCCAGUUGUAGAGUUCAGCGGGAUGGCGUUUUUCGGGCCACCAAAGAUUGCUCAAAGAGAGUUUUUUCGAAAGAGAGUUUGUCUCGGCAAGAAGGCGUCGCACGCUAGUGGGAGGUCGAGUCCAGCUCUCACCAUAAUCUUCGUGAUGUUCAUGCUCAACAGUAGGUGAAGUUCGAGAACUUUUGCUUGGGAGAUUUGAUGGUGUUUGGUGAGGGUGAUCUGAAACGACUGCCUAUUUCAUG